UCCAAGUGUCAUAUAGAGAGAAACCCACAACAGCAGGUCGCGACGUCCCUGUCAACUCCAGGAGUACCAAGGGUCUGGGAAAAGAAGCGAGGAGGAGCGACGCCAGCCUUUUCCUGUAUUUAGGAAUAAUUACAAAAUAAUUUCUGUUCAUUUUUUUUUAUUAUUAUUAUUUUUUAUUUUUUAUUUUUUUCUAUUUUUUAAAUUGAAUUUUCCGAAAGGAGGCAAGAUAGUGCCAGUGUGGGAAGCAGAGCAAAGGAUUUGUGGAGAGAAUUAUAGCAACAACUAAGGCUUUCAGUUUCCCAAGUCCGUCCUCCCGUGUUCGCCUUCACCUUUACCAUGGCUUCAACGACCUGCACCAGGUUCACCGAUGAGUACCAGCUGUACGAGGAACUGGGAAAGGGUGCUUUCUCUGUGGUGAGGCGGUGCAUGAAGAUUUCCACUGGCCAGGAAUAUGCUGCCAAAAUCAUCAACACUAAGAAGCUGUCUGCCAGGGACCACCAGAAGUUGGAGCGAGAGGCCAGGAUCUGCCGCCUGCUCAAGCAUCCCAACAUCGUGCGGCUCCAUGACAGCAUAUCAGAGGAAGGAUUCCACUAUCUGGUCUUUGAUUUAGUUACUGGUGGUGAAUUGUUUGAAGACAUUGUAGCCCGAGAGUACUACAGUGAAGCCGACGCAAGUCACUGCAUACAGCAGAUUCUAGAAAGUGUAAAUCAUUGCCACAUAAAUGGCAUAGUGCACAGGGACCUAAAGCCUGAGAAUUUGCUCCUUGCCAGCAAACUGAAGGGGGCAGCGGUCAAGCUUGCAGAUUUUGGCCUGGCCAUUGAGGUGCAGGGAGACCAGCAGGCAUGGUUUGGCUUUGCGGGGACUCCAGGUUAUCUGUCUCCUGAGGUGCUGAGGAAAGACCCCUACGGCAAGCCAGUGGACAUGUGGGCCUGCGGUGUGAUCCUAUACAUCCUGCUGGUGGGCUACCCUCCCUUCUGGGAUGAAGACCAGCACAGGCUGUACCAGCAGAUUAAGGCUGGGGCUUAUGAUUUCCCUUCUCCAGAGUGGGACACUGUGACCCCAGAGGCCAAAGACCUGAUCAACAAGAUGCUGACCAUCAACCCUGCCAAGCGUGUCACUGCCACAGAUGCACUCAAACAUCCCUGGAUCUGCCAACGCUCUACUGUGGCAUCCAUGAUGCACAGACAGGAGACUGUGGAGUGCCUGAAGAAAUUCAACGCCAGAAGGAAACUCAAGGGUGCUAUCCUGACCACAAUGCUUGCCACUCGCAACUUCUCAGCAGCCAAGAGCCUGCUGAACAAAAAACCAGACGGUGUCAAAAAAAAGAAGACGGAUGUUACUGAACCCUUAAGGGAGCCUCAAACCACAGUUAUCCACAACCCAGCUGAUGGAAACAAGGAGUCUAGCGAGAGUGCCAACACCACCAUCGAGGAUGAGGACGUGAAAGCAUGCCCUCCCUCCUCCCAUCCCCAAAUCUACCACCUUAAGCACUCAGAGCCUCACAACUCCUCCUUUUGCCGCCCCUCUUCGUCCUGUUCCUCGUCUUCCUCCUCCUCCUCCUGCUGCUGGUACUCUCCCAGUGUUUGGCCCAGUGGUGAGGAGUGCUGCCAGUACAUCCUGCGGGCACUGGUUGUUGCCUACCUGCUCGUCUUCUUCACUUCUUCCUUUUUGGUCUUUCUCUCUGCCCAUUCUACCGUAUGCCACUGCGGUCCCCAUCAUACUCAUACCCAGGGCCACGGCCCCGGCCCCCCCCUCGGGGUGCCCCCACCAAGCCUGGGCCCCAGCGACUCCCAGUCUCGUAAGCAGGAGAUCAUUAAAGUCACUGAGCAGCUGAUUGAGGCCAUCAACAACGGAGAUUUUGAGGCCUACACGAAGAUCUGUGAUCCUGGCCUCACGUCCUUUGAGCCAGAGGCCUUGGGCAACUUGGUUGAGGGCACCGACUUCCACCGCUUCUACUUUGAGAAUGCUCUGUCCAAGGGGAAGCAGCCCAUCCACACCAUCCUGCUCAACCCGCACGUCCACCUGAUUGGUGACGAGGCGGCCUGCAUCGCCUACAUUCGCCUCACCCAGUACAUCGACAGCAGUGGCAUGCCGCGUACCAUGCAGUCAGAGGAGACCCGGAUCUGGCACCGCCGUGACGGCAAGUGGCAAAACAUCCACUUCCACCGCUCCGGCUCCCCCACUGUUCCCGCCAACUGAGAGGACGACUUUUGACCCCUGUGAUGCCCUCCAGCCGACGGCAGUCAACUGACCACAGACCCCGCCUACCAAGUGUCCAUCAAAUUCCUCAGCCAAUCCCUGUUCAUUGCUAGGACUCAGCCCUCUCAGAGUGUUGUUUACAUAUUGUUGCUGCUGGACUAAGGAUUAUUGUAAAUGUUGAGGGGGCAAAAAAAAAAAAACAAACAAAAAAAAAGUCAUAUGUUGACAUAUCAUUUUCUAGUGAGAAUGUGCGGUGUUCUGUUCACAGCCUCAUUACAGAAUAUUAAGACUUGCAGUGUGUUUAAUUUGAUUUUUUUUUUAGAUAAGAUGAAAGAGUUUUCAAAAGAGCCAAUGGAUUUUAAGGGGCUGUUGAAACAGCAUGUGAAACCUUCCAGUUGUAAUGUAGUGACAGUUUUUCAUUUAAAUAUUACAAAGAGGACUCAUCAGCUAUUGUGAUGUUUUGCCUUUUGGCACAAUGACCAAUAUAUCACAUA